UCCGGCCGGCGCUAUGACGGAAGGUCCGGCUAUCCUUGGCAUCAAAGACGGUCCUUUGAAUUUCCGGGAGAUGGGCAGCGCCUUCCGAGUUGUCACCCCGAAAAGGUCCAGGGAAGGUGGACCAAGCGUGGGAGUGUCCGCUCUUGCUGCCUCGUCCCUUCGACCUCAAUUCCCCCUUUUGACCGAGGGUCUCCCAACCUAUUACUCCGGAUUGUGGUGUGGGGCACCGCUUUCCCUCAAGGAUCCAGCUUUGCCCCUCUUCCCGCUCUUUCCGCAUUACCUCCCCUCCUACAGUUUCUCCGUUGACUCUGCAGCAUCAUCCGCAGGAGCUGAAAGUUCAACUACUGCUCCAGCUAGAUUAACCGGUGAAAACCCAUCCCCCUGGGAUACCUGUGGAGCAGAGAAAGAUUUUCGAUCUUCUCUCACACCAUUGGCCCUAGGUGAGUUCAAACCACUUGGACUAACGACUUGGCCUACAGACUUAAGGGUCAGACCUGUGCCCGUAACAGGAUGUCCCGGAAGUGCGCUGACGAACAGCCUUUUCCGAAGUCAAUCCCAAAUCAGUUCGGCAAAGACGUCAGACGGAAGUCCUAGGCAUGUCCUGGGCGCUUCGACACAGGACGUGGCAUCGAGCCAUUUGUUCAGACCAGCAUUUGCUGCUGCAGCAGCUGGACUCUCCUGUUUUGGCUUAUCCUUGUAUAGUUUCGGCACUGGAGGACACGACAAGUCCCCUGCCAGCCCUGAUGGUGUCCUGAAGGCUUCUCCUACAGGAGGAGAUGUGUACUCUUGUGUCAAAUGUGACAAAAUGUUCAGUACUCCGCAUGGCUUGGAAGUACAUGCACGUCGCUCGCACAGUGGUAAGAGGCCGUUCGCAUGUGAACUCUGCAACAAGACUUUUGGCCACGAAGUCAGUCUGAGCCAGCAUCGUGCCAUCCACACUGCAGAGAGGACUUUCGAGUGCAAACAGUGUGGCAAGUCUUUCAAGCGAUCAUCUACCUUGUCGACGCACCUCCUAAUUCACUCUGACACUAGACCCUAUCCUUGCCAGUACUGUGGGAAAAGGUUCCACCAGAAAUCAGACAUGAAGAAGCACACGUACAUACAUACCGGUGAAAAACCACAUAAGUGCGCUGUGUGCGGGAAAGCAUUCAGUCAGUCUUCGAACCUUAUCACGCACAGCAGAAAGCACACGGGUUUUAAACCUUUCGCCUGUGAAAUCUGUGGAAGGGCCUUCCAGAGGAAGGUCGACCUUCGAAGGCACAAAGAAACACAGCACUCGGACAUCCACCACAUACCUUAA